GGAUUACUGAGAUGCGAAUAACUUCUGUGCGUUCCUCUAUUUCCCCACAAUUAAGUCACAUAUUUUACUCCAUUCUUCCACAAAUUUCUACCUACUUUUAUUUUUGUCUGUCCUGGUAAAAGCAUUUAUUUAAUGUUAAUUUCAUUUAAAGAAAAAUAAUAUGUGAUUUAAUGUUUUCUUAAACAUCUAACUAUAUAAAUAUCCCCGAUAAAAACGAAGUUUCCUAAAAGUACUAAAAGACAAGUUUAAAUCCAACUUUUUUCAAACCCUCACCAUUUCGAUGAAAUUAAUCUUUACACCCUUUUCUUUAAACAAUUGGUUUGUGCACCUCAAUACCUCAUCAAUUCAAAAACUGGUGAAGAAAUAUGGUGUAAUAUAAUUAAAAGGAACACACGUUUGCAAGAGUUAAGUUGUAAUUAUAUGAUACACCCGGUUGUACACAUACAUCCGGUAUAUUUGUAAUUUUAUGCAACUUCAAGUCUUUUGAUUCUGUUAUCCCUGAUUUAUGUUCAUUGCUUUUCUUCCUUCUGCCGUCAUUCUCACUCCCCAUUCCUUUUAUUUCUUUUUCAGCCGCCCCGUUCCCAUUCUUUCUUUUCCAGCCGCCAUUCCCUUUGGUCUUUAGUGCUAGUUGUUUUACAUUUAAUGUUUUAUACUAUCUAUUUUUUAUUUUAUUUUAUUUGUGUUUUAUUUCGUUACUCUUGGGUCAGUUAGUUUACUUUCUUUUCUUUUGUCUUUUUUUUAUUCUUUUUCGUUUCUUUCUUUUCUUGUUUCCUUCUUUCUUCUUCUUUAUAUAUUAAUACCGAGCACAUUAGAAAUGAGCUUUACUUUGAACUCAAAUAAGUAAAGCGUCUAAAAGUGGUCUCGAUUUUACGUUUGGAAUGGGACCUCCAAAUUCACUUGGCGGCUCUCGACUUCUUUAUUAUGAAACAACAAUCAAUUCAUGCAAAAUUUUGACGUGAUUAUCAUCAUGGAUCAUCCGGAAACAAACUUUUCUUACUUUAGUAUAAGAGUAUAAUGUUGUGUACAUUCGAUUCUCGUUUACUCUCGUGGGAGUCUUUUGGACACCGGAGUAAUUAAUGUUGUUGGUGUAUAUCUGAAGUUUCAUAUUUGAUCGAUAUACAAUGAAACAAACCUAAAGAUGAAAUAAUUAAUUGCUUUUCUAUUUUCCAAAAAUGAAAAGUGAAAAUUAGUAAAUUGCCCGGAUUCUUUUUUAUUUUUUGAAUUUAUUUAUUUGAGAGAUGAGUGGCCUAGCUAGCUACUGGUUUAGGGUCGUAUCGAAGUCAAACCGAAAAUAUGAUAUGAGAUGUGCCCCCAUACGUAUAUGAGUAUUGCCAUGUGCUUUUGCUCUAAGUUUCAAGCCAUGAUCUCAUUUAUUUUUGUUUUAUAUACAAGUAUUUUUCUGUAUAUGAUUUCCCAGUCUUGCCUUCUUUCCAAUAAUAGUGCACAUUCUCACACGUCCAUAGGUGCCUAAAUUAAAUUAAUAAAGCAAAUCUUAACUUCUCCCAAUCACUACAAAUUUUGCCAAAAGGAGCGUUUUUUACUCAGUUUUUAGUCAACUACCCGUUAGUGAACCUGUGAUCCUGUGACCACUGAAUGCCAAAUAAGUUGAGUGAUAAAAAAAAUUGCAUUUUUAGAUGAAAUAGCUAUGUAUAGCUAUGUAUCCGCACGGGUAGCUCAGUUGGUCGAGUGGUGGGAAAAUUAGACCAAGUGACUAAGGUUCGAAACCCGCAGCGGCCGUGUGGAGGUUACAGAACCUGAAAUAAGGCUGGACCUCUGGUGCGCACGUGUAUAAGGCCUACCGCCGCUUUGCUGACUGAGUCACCGUGAUUAUCCUCCCCACCAUCCUGUCGAGUCGGGAUGGGGGGCCUUGGGGUUGGGCAUUCAACCUUUUUGGACCAAACUAUGUAGCUAUGCACAUGGUCGGAGGCGGAACCAUGUGGGGGUUAGGGUGGUCAAUCGACCAUCAGAUUGUCCGAGAAUAUAGGCCACUAAAAUACCUUUGAUUUGAAUGUUAUAACUCGCAUAAGUUCAUAACUAUAACGAGUAAAAAGUUAUGAUUCCUGACAAAUCAGGACUAUAUAAACUUGAAAGCAUGGGUGGAUCUAUGUAGGGGUUGGGGUAGGUUCUAGCCCAGUCCAGUCCAAUUUUUUAUUAGUAUAGGUAUAGGUUUAAUGUCUAAUCCAUUCCAAAAUUAAUGUCCAGCCCAUUCCAAAAUUAAUGUCCAGUCUAGCCCAAGCAUAGUAGGCUACUAAGAUACUCGUAAGUUUUAGAAUUAGGGAGUGUUUCAGAUUGAGUCUACUUUGAAAAAGUGAUUUUUUAAAGUAAUUUUGGAGAUGUUUAAUAGUAAAAGUGCCUAGUGGGAGGUUUCGAGUUCGAAACCCGCUAGGCACAAAAAAGGUUUGAAACUCAAUGGAGUGAAUUUCAGUCCUGAUUACUCCAGCCCCCAGUCCACCUUUCCCAGACCUCCUGGAGAAAAAAAUUAAAAAUCCAAUUCAAUUUUGAAAUUGGGAGAUACUUAUUAGUUUAUUUACAACGAUUGUUUUUACUUAUUCGUUUUAUACUUUUAUAUGAAGUGUAUUACUACGUAAUUUAUACCAAUAAAUACCAGAAACUUGAAUAGUAAUUAAUAAAUUUAUUAAACCACACUAAAAAAGUUUGAAAUUUAAAAGUGGCCACUUUUUGAAUAAUUGGUUCAAAAUUAGUACUACCUCCGUCCCUCUUAUAUUGGGUCGGAAGAGAGUGGCACGAUUAUUAAGAAAAGUGGGGUUGUGGGGUUGAUAUUAAUCGAUAAAGUAAGAAUAAAGUAAAAAUGAUUUAGAACCACAGAAACUUUACCAAAUAUGUAUGAGACAAUUUUAGUGAGACUUCCCGGAAAGGUAAAACGGGACAAUAUAAGAGGGCCGGAAAGUACAAACCCCUUUUUCAUUUCUUUAAUUUCACGUUUCGUGAAGUAAUCCUUCACCGAAAUAUUUUGCUUUCUCCUGCUCUUACAUUACCUUCCUAAAAUUAUACACAUUUUGCAAGCAAAUUUAAUAUUCCGCCAACCAAAUCACCGAAUGCUUCCAUGUGACAUGCCGGUCUAAAAGCACUUUUAUGGUGUUCGAAUUGCAUAUUACAUUUUUCCGUACAAGACUUAUAAAACGGCAUUAAUGAUCAUUACAUGCUCCCGUAUGUCAAUUGUCUCCGUCAUUAGGUUCCCUUUUAGCUUAAUUAUUCAUUAAUUUAACUUUGAAGUGAAGGCAAUGGAUUGCAAACCUCUAUCUAUUACGACUUAAUUAAUUAUGUUUCCUUAAUGUACUGAGCCUGACCUGUUUGUAUAGGGUUUGUAUAGCUUACUUAGAUCAUGACUCUUGUACUAUAUAUAUUCCUUAAUCAUUAAUAAUACAAUCAACUUCUCAUCUCAAUGUGGUAUCUAGAGCCACACUUUAAACAACCAAAACAAUAAUUUUUUUUUUCUUCGGCCAUCAGCCAUGUUCGUUCCCAAGAGCCGCAGCCUAGGGUUCAGCGCCGCCGCCGUCGACAGUUCCUAUCACACAGCCAUGGUUCUCACGUCGGAUUCCACCGUGAUCACUAUCACGACCUCUACGCACUUUCCAAUUAAACUCACUUCCUCCAAUUACCCAGUUUGGAAAACCCAGGUUUAUGCCGCUCUCAUUGGACUUGACCUGGAAGAUUAUGUGGAUGGUACCCUUACCACCCCCCACCCUCAUCUUGAUAUUGACAAAUCUACUCCGAAUCCGCUCUAUCAAACCUGGUACCGUCAGGAUAAAAGUAUUCUCAGUGCUCUGUUGGGCAGUUGCUCAGACACUAUUCAGCCUCUUCUUUCUUCGGCUAGUACGGCCAAGGAGGCGUGGGAUCGCCUCUCUCAAACGUAUGCUGGCCUAUCGCGUGGACGUAUCAUGUCGCUCAAGUCUACCUUUGCUAAAACAGUUAAAGGUACAAAAUCUAUCACGGAAUAUCUUGCGGAGAUGCAAGGACUUGCUGAAGCAUUGGCCCUGUCUCAAAACCAUGUGCCCGAAGAGGAUAUUGUCAUUGGCAUCCUCAAUGGCCUCCCCCCUGUUUAUUCCGAAAUUAUUGCUGCUGUUCGGGUCCGUGAUACAGCGAUGCCGUUAACAGCUCUUCAGGAUAUUUUGCUGGAGCAUGAAGCCAAGCAGAUCGCCAUUCAUUCGCAACCCUCGCAGCCAAUUAUACCGCUGGACAACGCGGUUUUCGUGAACAAUCUGCCCAGCGAGAUGGUGACAACAACAGCGACCGUCGCGGUGGAUUCUCUGGCCACCGUGGUCGUGGCCGCGGUUCGUACGGUUCUGGGGGUGGUCGCGGAACCUCCAGGCAGCUUCAGUGCCAUUUUUGUGAAAAUAUUGGACAUGAGGUCAAGCACUGCCGCAAGCUUCAGCGGUUCCUUCGGAACCAUAAUGUUCUUCCGCAGCCGGGUCCACAUGCCAAUUAUGUGUCUGCUCCUUCUCCCAUGCAAAAUCAGCCCUGGCUUUUUGAUAGCGGAGCAUCUCAUCAUGUUACGUCCGAUGUGUCUCAUUUACCCACUUACGCUAAGUACGGGGGUCCUGAAGAGGUUAAGUUAGGGGAUGGAUCGCAUCACGGGGGCGCCACUGCUGUGCGGGGUGAAUCAGCAUGAUGUUUACUAUGCCCCAGUGUUCACACCUGCUACUGUCAAUGUCACUCAAUCUACCUGCCACCAUACUUUGGGUCACCCUUCGCGUCGUGUCAUGCAGUUUUUAUCUUCUGGUUCAAACAUAAAGUUUUCUCCCAUUCCUCAUUGUAUGUCUUGUUCAAUCAAUAAAAGUCAUAAACUCCCUUUCUUUAAUAAUACGAUGUCUGAUUCCCAACCAUUGGAAUUAAUUUAUUCUGAUGUAUGGAGUUCUAGUGUUUCCUCAAUUGAUGGUUAUUGCUAUUAUGUCAUCUUUGUUGAUUAUUUUACUCGUUAUAUCUGGCUCUACCCUUUAAAAAGAAAAUCUGAUGUUGCCAUAAUUUUUCCUCAGUUUCAUCGCCUUGUUGAAAAAUAUUUUAAUUCUCGAAUAAUUAAAUUUUUUCUGACAACGGCGGUGAAUUUAUUAAAUUGUGCCCCUAUCUCAAUGCUCAUGGUAUUUCUCACUUCACCACACCACCUCAUACCCCUGAGCAUAAUGGCUUAGCUGAGCGUAGGCAUCGUCAUAUUGUUGAAACUGGCUUGGCCUUACUACACUAUGCUGGCAUGCCUCCUCAGUAUUGGUCUUAUGCUUUUCUUACUGCUGUUUAUCUCAUCAAUAGACUACCUACCCCUACUCUUCAUGGUGCCUCCCCCUACUCCAAAUUACAUAACCUCACUCCUAAUUACUCCAAACUUCAACCGUUUGGAUGUUUGUGUUAUCCCUGGCUUCGGCCGUACAACUCCACCAAACUCCAACCCCGAUCCAUUCCGUGUGUCUUUCUUGGUUAUUCUCUUACCCAAUCUGCCUUUUACUGUCUUGAUCAUCACUCCGUUCGUGUCUACGUCUCGCGUCAUGUUGUAUUUGUUCCUCACACUUUUCCUUUUCUAUCUUCUAAUCAGUCCUCUUCCGUGCCUAGCAAAUCUCUCUCGCGGUCCUUCUCAAGCUCGGUGGCUCCCCGUGUUUUCUUCCCUAACGCCCAGGCCCCACCCAACUGGAACGCAUCAGCCAACAUUUCUCCUGCUGCCUGUCCGCAAACUAUGCCCGACACCAACAUCCAACCCACUCCACCUCCAGGUCCCUUGGUCCCUGUGCCUCCAUCCCUCCCUUCUUACCCUUCGUCACAGCCUACUACCGAGCCGAACAUUUCAUCUCGCCCUGCCCGACACCGCAAACCUAACCCUAGAUAUUAUAGUGGUGCUUUUGUGAAUAAUACUAACGUGCAUCCCAUUUCCCCUACACUUGAACCAUCUUCUUUAAAAGUGGCUUUACAGGAUUCCAGGUGGAAGAAAGCAAUGGAUGAAGAAUAUCAAGCCUUAUUACGCAAUCAUACGUGGGACCUUGUUCCUCCUGCUCAUCACUCUCCUAUUACUUGUCGAUGGAUUUUUCGUGUCAAGCGCCACUCCGAUGGCAGUAUUGCUCGGUUCAAGGCACGUUUGGUGGCUCGUGGCUUUCUCCAGCAGCCCGGACGUGAUUAUUCUGAGACUUUUAGUCCUGUUUUUAAGCCAUCCACCUUACGCAUCGUCCUUACUAUUGCUUUGUCUCGCGCAUGGCCAAUCCGACAGCUAGAUGUUAAUAAUGCUUUCUUGCAUGGCACCUUGGAGGAGGAGGUAUAUAUGGUUCAGCCACCUGGAUUUGAAGACCCAGCUCAUCCUACGCAUUUGUGCCGCCUUAAGAAGGCCUUAUAUGGUCUUAAGCAAGCGCCACGGGCUUGGUAUCUGGCACUUUCCAGAUUUUUACUUAGCAUGGGUUUUCGGCGGUCCCAGACGGAUCAUUCCCUAUUUGUUUAUAAUCAUGCGGGUGUACUUAUUUAUUUCCUAGUCUAUGUGGAUGAUAUUGUGUUAACAGGUAGCUCAGACACUGUUCUUGCUCGGUUCAUAUCUCAACUCACCAAGGAAUUUUCUGUCAAAGAUUUGGGACCGCUUCAUCACUUCCUUGGGAUUGAGGUUGUACCUCACCCCACUGGCCUGCUUUUAUCUCAACGGCAGUAUAUUCUUACAAUUCUCAAGAAUCACGGUAUGCUGGGAAUUAAACCGGCUGUCACACCUAUGAGGGCUGGUAACCCUGGGUCGAGCACUUCGGCAGCUGCAUUUUCUGAUAUCACAGGCUAUCGGCGAGCACUGGGCAUGUUGCAGUACCUAUCUUUCACUCGGCCUGACAUUUCUUUUGCAGUUAAUCGGCUUUCUCAAUACAUGCAUUGCCCUUCGGUUGAUCAUUGGACAUCUGUCAAACGCAUUUUUCGCUACCUUAAAGGUACCUUGGAUUUUGGAUUGUAUUUACAUAAAUCUCAGGGUCUUCAGCUUACUGCAUUUUCUGAUUCUGAUUGGGGUGGUACAACUGAUGAUGGGAGAUCUACCACUGCUUAUGUUCUCUAUCUUGGUCCUAAUAUUAUUUCUUGGAAGUCUACCAAGCAAAAGAGUGUUUCUCGCUCCUCGACUGAGGCCGAAUACCGUGCGGUCGCAAAUGCCGGUGCCGAGAUCCUAUGGGUCAAAAACGUGUUGCAUGAGUUGGGUAUCACCUUAUCUUCUGUUCCUAUGCUUUACUGUGACAAUCAAGGCGCCACCUAUGUUUGUGUUAAUCCAGUAUUUCACUCGCGAAUGAAGCAUCUUGCCUUGGAUUUUUUCUUUGUUCGAGAACUCAUUAAGCGUGGUCAACUACAUGUUUCACAUAUCUCCACCAAAUUACAGAUUGCAGAUGCUCUUACCAAACCCUUGGGACAGUCUUUAUUUGAGCAUUUUCGGUCCAAGCUUGGAGUUUCCGACGGAACCUCCAUCUUGCGGGGGCGUAUUACGACUUAAUUAAUUAUGUUUCCUUAAUGUACUAGGCAUGGCCUGUUUGUAUAGGGUUUGUAUAGCUUACUUAGAUCAUGACUCUUGUACUAUAUAUAUUCCUUAAUCAUUAAUAAUACAAUCAACUUCUCAUCUCAA